AUGGAAUUUUUGUACAAACCUUUCUGCAUUGACCUUACUGUACAGGCUAUAGUACCAAGAGGCCCAGCUAUAGAGUAUGCAAAACUUGAUGGUUUGGACACAGCUUACAUUGGAACUACAGUCAACAUCACUUGUAAAAUCCAAGGCUUUGAUGGUGUAAUGGGCUAUUUCUUGAAGAAUGACACAAUGGUAGAUGAUGAACCACAUAAGUAUGAAUAUUUCAAGCCAAGAGUAAUAGUUACACCUCCCAACUAUGUUUUCUAUCUGGAAAUUAAGAAUGUCACCAUGGAAGAUGCAGGAAACUACACAUGUGAAGCUUCCAAAUAUGGACUGGUAUCAACGAAAACAUUUCUUCUUGAAGUUGGUAUGGUAAAUUUUGUUUUGAAUUGUAUUGCAGGACCAUGUCCAGCAGGUUUUUAUUGCCCUCCAGGAAGACGUGAUCGCAUUCCAUGCCCUCAGGGAACAUACCAGCCAAACAUUAGCCAGACAUCUGAACAGGCCUGUAAACCAUGUCCUUUCCUUACCAACUCAUCAAAGAAUCCAAGUGGUAUACAACCAAAUGUAUAUGAAGCUGACUGUCCAGAGUUGACUGCAACAUCACAAGCUGUCACCAAGAUUGCCACGACAGACAUGGCUGCAACAUCACAAGAUGUCAGUCAGAUUGUCAUGAUAGGCGUGGCUUGUGCUUUUUUUAUUAUCAUAGUUGUAGCACCUCUAUCAUUAUUUAUUGCAAAGAAGAAACGUUGGCUGUGGUUCUCUUCCUCAAGACACAGCCAUAAUCCAGAGUGUUUCCCUUGCCAGCCAAUGUUAGAUGAGAAUGGAGAUAUAGAGAAUGCUGAGUGUGCUGAAGUUUUGAAACAGUUGCCAGAAAUAGAUUAUGAACCAAGGCAUGACGUGUUUAUAUGCUAUUGUUACAAAGAUGUUGGCUGGGUGAAAGAACUUCAUGCUGAGCUUGAAAAACGAGGUUUCGAGUGCUGUAUUGACUUUAAGACUUUCGCUAUUGGUGUACCAAUAGUGCAAAACAUUACUGAAGCAAUUUGCUACAGUAAAAAAACAAUUGCAGUACUUUCCCCAGACUUCAUUAAAAGUGAGUGGUGUACACAUGAGCUACACAAGGCGCUUUCCAGGGUGCGAUAUCAUCAGGUUGUACCAGUUAUGUACAAGAACUGUGAAAUACCAUUUGCUCUUCAAGACACAACCUACCUGGAUUGGGAAAACUGCAAUGUGAAACCCUACUUCUGGGAACAGCUUGAAAAAGCUUUAAGGAAACCAAAUGGCGAGGCUUACAACAGAAGUCAUCCCCAAAAUGGAAAUCAAAGCUCCACAGUCUCUUCAAGUCUCUAAAUGGCAGAGCCAGGUAAAUUACCUAACAUACCUAUUUACUCGUGUAUGAGUCGACUUUUUGCGACCAAAAAAUCAGCCCAAAAGAUCACCCUCGAAUUAUAAACAAGUCAUACACAAAUACCUGACCCAAGCAAUCCAAUAAAUUAGCAAAACAAUAGCCGAAGUCCGUUAGGAAAACCGAGUUUACAAAAUCAGUUCCAAUUGUGUUGGAGUUUCGUCAGUUUUCAGCGCAUUCUUUGUCAACAAAAAAGUUUGAAAUAAUAAAUUUUACGAGUCUUGAAUACAAAGCUACUGGAGCUGAUUUCGGUUGUGUCUUCUGAUCUGUAGAACAGACAUUUUUUCGUACAGUUUUGUUGCUGUUUACGGUGCUGAACUUUCGUUUUCAUCGAUCAGUUGCUUAGUGACCUGGCAAAUGUUGUUGUCUCGCGCGAUCUUGUUUGUUACGCGCGAUCCUUCGAAGCUCUUUGGUGUUCCUUUUGUCUACUAGAUCUCCUUUCAAUCUCAACAAAUAAGAUAAAGGUUAGUUAAAUGUAAGAAGAUUCAUUUCAGUGCUAUUUAUAAAAUAUGGUAAAAUACU